AUGGAGAAAGGAAGAGUCAAUUCUACGCAGCGAACAUGGUCCUGGCGAAGUGUGAUGUGGAUGGCAGCGUUCGCGGGGACGAUGAGUCUGGUGGGGUUCGGUAAAUCCCGUCUCCCGCUGCCGUGCUGGGUCUUCCCGGCUCAGACCCAAGGCUCGCCAUAUGGGACAUUCCCUCAAAGCGACCCAUUCCAGUUUCUUCCCUGCACCAACGCCAGUCGUCCGCCACCGCUGGAUGACCCGACUCCGCAAAAAUCAUGGGCAGCCCUCUUCGACCCCAAUCCCGACCAUUGGAGCUGGGGGAGCACAGGUCAGGGCAUCUACCUGUGUGGAUACUUGGAUCUCCCACUCGAUUAUCACAACUCUUCAGACACUCGUAUCGUCCGCAUUGCAGUCACCAAGUUCCAAGUCGCCGGUCUAGCUCAUAGAAAUGAUCCCAAUAUCUCAUCCAAGAGCUACAAAAGUGAGCGCACUAUUAUCAUUAAUCCGGGAGGCCCGGGAGGAAGCGGAACAUCUUUCCUCUGGGAGACUGCAGAAGAGAUGACCAACCGUUUCAGCGACGGAAAACUCGAUGUGCUAGGAUGGGAUCCACGCGGUGUGAAUUUCUCCCUCCCCGCCGCGGCAUGUUUCUCUCAGAACGGUUUCCGGGAUCGAUGGUCUCUUCUAUCGCAGCAAUAUCGCGAGGAGGCUCCAAAGGCCCAACUGGAGGCUUCAGAUGCCAUGAACAACGCCACUUUCUUUGCCUGCCAGCAACGGCUGGGCGAUCUCGGUCGCUUCGUCAGCACGGCGUCAGUGGCACGCGAUCUCGACGAGAUCCGAAAAGCACUCGAUGAAGAAGAAGUCACGGGGUACUUGGUUAGCUAUGGUACGGGUAUUGGUCAGACAUAUGUCAACAUGUUCCCUAGUCGAGCAGGUCGUGUAAUCCUCGAUGGGACAGAAUAUGUCAGAGAUCAUCGUCUCUUGGGUGGGUUUGGCUGGACUGCUCUCGACAACGCAACAGAUGCAUGGCGUGACGGCUUCUUAGGAGAGUGUAUCACUGCCGGUCCAAAGGGGUGUGCAUUGGCCAAUCCUGUUUCCAACCAGGACGGGCCCGUCACACUUCCACAGCUGGAAGCUCGUAUGACGCAGCUACUUGAGUCCCUCAAAGCUCGCCCACGAUCUGCAUACACGGAAUCAGCUGGUCCAUCUCUGGUCACGUACUCUGCGCUGGUGGAUAGGGUUCUCUACCGGGCUAUGUACAGGCCGAUGGAAUGGCCGGGUACGGCACAGAUGCUCUAUGAGCUCGAAGCAGGGAAUGCAACUCUAGCAGCCGACUCCAUAGAUCUCUCGUGGAGCGACCAUUCCGAUAAGCCAUCACCUCCCCCCGUGCCAGCUUCUAGUGAGCUCGAACUUCUCGUGAUCUGCUCUGAUUCGUACGAUGCGCCUAUUCCAGACGGACUUGACUGGUGGGAUCGGUUGUGGGAGACCAUGUCCAACAAGAGCUGGGUAGCUGGCAAUUCCCGCUUUUUUGGGGUCCUGCCCUGUCGACAUUACAAUACCUAUUGGGCCCCGCCUUCAGAGGUGUAUCGUGGAGAUCUCAACAACACUCUCAAGACUCCUACCCUACUCAUCGCUUCUCCGUAUGACCCUGCAACCCCGUUGCGCAAUGGAAGAAGGCUCCUAGCGGAGAUGGGAGAAAAUGCCCGGUUGAUUGUUCAUCAUGCUUAUGGGCAUAGCUCUAGACGUGACAGGUCGGACUGUACUGAUCGAGUUGCCAAAGCUUACAUCUUACAUGGCACUCUUCCUAACGAACAGGAAAUACAGUGCUAUGCCAAUAAUAAGCCUUAUGACAGUGUUCUUGUCGACGAAUGA